CAGACAUGGUACAAGACGAUCUCUGUCUUAAAAUCAUUUUGUCGGUUGAUUUUUUCAAAUGUUACAGAUUACAAAAAGCCUAUUUUUGUUAAAUGGGCCUAAAACUUAAUGGGCCUUAAAACCUACUUUGAGAUUCUUUUGCCACAGCUUUCCCGCUAAAAACUCUCUCUCAUUCCCGCUUAAGCUCACCAUCAGAUUCCGAUUUGCCACUUCCCCGCAAGGUUCCGAUCAGAUCUGGAAAUGGAAUUCGAUAUCCCAUUACCGGAGGAGCUUGAGCUUCUCGAAGCUAAUUCUUACUAUCCCGAAGAAGAAGAAGAUGAUGACUACCUUAACUUCGAGGAGGCGCCGUAUCCUUACCCAAUCGACGGCGACGAGGAAAAGGAAGAAGAACGGGAGGCUAAUCCACAGCAAUCGGAAUCUCCCGAUAUCAACGGCUGUAAACGACCCAGGAGUCUAGUGUCCGAUCCGAUUGUCAAUCUCGACGAAGGCUCUUCUCCAGCCGCGGAGAAGAGAAGCAAAAUCGAUGAUAAUAAUCGGGUGGAGAUGGAAGACGAGGAAUGGUUACGGCCACCGCCGAUUAAGAAAGUGGUACAUGUUAUGGAUGAGGAAGAAGAAGUGAUCAUUCCCCAGGAGACUAUUUUGUCCAGAUACGCUUCUGAGAUAGACGGGGAGUGUUUUCCGAUUACGGCACCGGACGGAGGAGAUAGGGUUUAUGCUAAAUUCAACCGAGCUUUGGGAGAUGAAGAGGUGAAGAAACUGGAUGUGAAAGCCAAAUCCAAUGGUCUUAUUAAAGAUCCCAUCAGUGUUCUUCUAGAACAAUCAGAGAAAGAGGCAUUUAACAAGGUCUUGCAAGCUAGCUCCGAGGAUCAGAAUGAAACCAUCACUGCAGAAACAUCUGUAAUGCAUGAAAGGCUCUGGGUGGAUAAAUAUUCUCCGAGCUCGUUUACUGAGCUUCUCAGUGAUGAGCAGACCAAUCGGGAGGUUCUGUUAUGGCUUAAGCAGUGGGAUGCUUCUGUUUUUGGAUCUGAAAUUAGGAGCACGACAGAUGAAGUAUUAGCAGCUUUGAAACGGCAUUCUACACCAAGCCAUCGUCAAAAAUCAGAUUCAGCUUUUACAAGGAAAAAACAGUUCAGCAGAUGGAGUAAAGAUAGUUCUUCAUUUCCUAAAAAUUCAGACGCGAGUGAUAGCAACGCUACAGAUAAUCAUGACUUGCGGAACAAAAAGUCAAAACUUAUCGGUCCUCCAGAGCAGAAGAUCCUUCUGCUUUGUGGACCCCCAGGGCUUGGAAAGACUACGCUUGCUCAUGUUGCAGCUAAGCAUUGCGGAUAUCGCGUUGUUGAGAUCAAUGCUAGUGACGAGCGAUCAGCAGCAGCCAUUGAAACUAGAAUUCUUGACGUAGUUCAGAUGAACUCCGUCACAGCUGACUCUAGACCUAAAUGUUUGGUGAUUGAUGAGAUAGAUGGAGCGCUUGGUGAUGGAAAAGGAGCAGUAGAUGUUAUUCUAAAGAUGGUGUUGGCGGAAAAGAAGCAUGCUACAGGCAAGGAAAAUAUAGAUAAUGGGAAGACUUCCUCGAAGAAGGAGCGGCGAACAGCACCACUAUCAAGACCUGUCAUUUGUAUAUGCAAUGACUUAUAUGUACCAGCUCUUAGACCUCUGCGACAAAUAGCAAAGGUUCAUGUAUUUGUUCAACCAACAGUGAGUCGUGUGGUAAACAGGCUCAAGUAUAUUUGUAACAUGGAGGGGAUGAAAACAAGAUCCUUCGGUCUUAGUGCACUUGCGGAUUACACUGAAUGCGACAUACGCUCUUGCUUGAACACUCUGCAGUUUCUCAACAAGAAGAAUGAAACCCUCAAUGUGAUCGACAUUGGUUCUCAAGUUGUUGGGCGGAAAGACAUGUCAAAGAGUCUCUUUGAUAUCUGGAAAGAGAUAUUCAACAAGAGAAAAAUGAAACGAGAACGCUCUAACGACGCUUCUGGCAGUGAGGCCAAAAAGUUUGAUUUCUUACACUCCCUCGUAUCCAGUCGGGGUGAUUACGAUUUGAUUUUCGAUGGAAUACAUGAAAACGUUUUGCAGCUUCAGUACCAUGAUCCGGCGAUGGACAAAACGGUUAGCUGCUUGGACUGUCUUGGAACUUCUGAUUUGCUGCAUCGAUAUAUUAUGCGCACCCAGCAAAUGCAUCUUUACGCUUAUUUACCUAGCCUGGUGAUACCUAUACAUCGUCGAGUGGCUCAGAUUCAAAGACCAACUAUUCAGUGGCCUAAGUCAUAUCACAGAUGUCGCACGCUAUUAGUGGAAAAGCAGGAGUCUCUGCGGUCUUGGCACCACAAGAUACCUCCCUAUAUUGGGAGGCAUUUAUCCAUCAAGUCUUUCGUAGAAGACUCUGUUUCCCCGCUAUUGCAUAUUCUUUCUCCACCAACUCUUAGACCAGUGGCAUCACAUUUGCUGUCAGAGAGGCAAAAGGAUCAACUGGCGAGUUUGGUCAUGCUUAUGCAUUCUUAUUCUUUGACUUACAAGAAUGUGAAACUUGAUCCUGCUGUGAGUAACCUCAGGGAGGGUGCUGCUUCAGAUGCUUCAGUUCUUGCUUUAGAUCCACAUCUAUUUGAUUUCAUUAGUUUCAAGGGUCGCCAAUAUAAACAUCACGUACUCACCUUAGCAAUGAAACAAGUGUUGGCACAUGAAGUUGAGAAGCAGAAGAUAUUGCAAGCAAGUGGAGGAAGGUCCGGGAUCUUGAGCAAACCACCCGAAAUCAAGAAAAUAAAUCCAGACUUAGUCAGGAAAACUAUUGCUGCUUCAAAGGAGAGUCACAAAAAUCCAGUUAUCUCAAAACCUCCAUCAGUCUCAGUUGAAAACGCCACGACUUCAAAACCCAAACCUAGUGAUGUGAAAAAGGCAUCUCGCACCGCCCUUAGUUUCUUCGACAGGUUUAGGAAGUCGAGGAAAGAUUAUGAAGAUCCAGAGGAUGUACAAAAGCGAGCAACAGCAAAAAGAGAUUCACGCCCUCUUCUCUUCAAGUUUAACGAGGGUUUCACAAAUGCUGUGAAGAGACCGGUGAGAAUGCGGGAGUUUCUACUGUGAUUCUGCAAUGGAGGAAGUUUUAGUAAACUGGUGCAUGCAUACUUGCAAGAUCUAAAGCUUUUUACAUCCUCUUUCGACCAAAUGUGGAUUAAGGUUGAGUGUAUAUGUAGCAGUCAAAGAUCGGUUGCUUAUGGUUACUGGUGAGCAAAGAGAGAAAAUGAUACGUGUGUAUUUUACCGUACUUUGUUCAAAACGAAACUAUAAUCUUGGCAAAACCGUUACUAA